GAUGGCUUCUUGGUAUCGAAGGACCGUGAACAGCGCACUUUCGAACGACAUCAGAUGCUAGCAUCUUCAAAACCCCUUAAAGCCUUUCAAAUGCCGGCUGGAGACUACGAGUUUCCGUUUAUGAUUGCACUACCAAGCAGCAUCUUGGACACAGUCACGGGCCCGAAUCACGAAUACCACACGUACCAUGUCGAAGCCGUCAUUGAGCGUCGCUUCUGGAAAGACUUUACGGUGUCGCGACCGAUAAGAAUUUACCACCCUCCUGACCAGGAUACGGUCAGCAUAAUGCAACGAUUUCCAUUGACUGUGGAAGGUCACUCUGACCAAAAUAUUCAGUAUAGCGUUUCUAUGCCAGACCAACAUGUUCCAUUCGGUUGCAGUUUCCCAGUGGAAUGUUGGUUUGCGCCAAAGUUGAAAAACAUCAAACUUCGUUGCCUUGCAGUCCAAAUUGUUGAAAAGCACAAUUUGUGUUUCUAUGCUACCACAACAGAGUCCGUGCGAGACAAUAUUCGCUAUAUGAUGUCGGCAAAGAAGCAUAUUGUCUUCACAGAGCAACAUGACCUAACCCACGAUGCUCAAUCAUCAAAAACCGAAUGGCGUAUGAAAAUGCCAGUGCCCCUACCACGGAGUUUGCGUCACUGCUCACAGAGCAUUUCUUCACAAAAUAUAAAAAUUGAAAACAUGCUAGCCAUAACCGCUGACUUCCAAGACGAGCAAGGCCGAGCAUUCGCAAGGGUGGGCAAGCCAGUACAGCCAAACAAGUCUUGA